UAAUUCAAACAUUUUAUUGAUCAAGACGAAAGAUGUGGCAAACAAUUUUUAUUUUUUGACAUUUUUAGCUAAAGAUAACAAUGACAGGCGAUCCUGUUAAAAGUGUGCCCUUGCCAAAUGGCCCUGCAUCUCUUUGUUUUGACAAGGAUGAGUUCAUGAAGGAUGACUUUAAUGUUGACCAUUUUGUCCUGGAGUGUAGGAGGCGUGUUCAGCUGGAGGAUUUCAGAGAUGAUCUGUCUAUAUACCUGAAGAUUCUUAGAAGUGCUAUGAUAGAACUGAUCAACAAGGACUAUGCAGAUUUUGUCAACCUUUCAAGCAAUUUGGUUGGAAUGGACAAAGCAAUUGGGAGUUUAACUGCACCCCUUGAACAACUGAGAGAUGAAGUUUUAAAUGUAAGAAAGUCCAUGGAUGAAGCUAUAUUAGCAGUGGAAGAUAAACUCAGAAAAAGGCAGCAAAUUAAACAGGGAAAGGCAUGUAUCCAGAGGUUGAUAAAUAUCACAGAAUCUGUGGACAAGAUAGAAAGAUUGUUAGGGAUCCACUCAGCAGAUGGUGGAGAAGGACCAUCACAUGCUGGGCCUUUAAAUGGACAGUUGAUAGAAAGAGUUGCAACAGAGUUCAACAAACUUCAGUUCUAUGUGACAAAGAGCAGGGGAUUACCACUAGUUGAACAGAUUAAACCGAGGAUAGCAAACAUAACAACAACGCUGCAGUUCAGCUUGGAAGGAUCAUUUUUAGAGGGGCUAGAUGCAGGAAAUGUUGACAUUCUGAGACAAUGUCUGAGGACAUAUUCACUCAUAGAUAAGAUAAGGGAUGCUGAGAGUUUAUAUAGACAACAUAUCGUAAAACCCUACAUGGAAGAGGUGAUUUCAGAACAGUUUAUAAAAUCCAACCACAAUGGUUUAAAAGGCAUGUUUGAUAAAGUGUUACAGUUUAUACCACAACACUGCAAACUGCUGACUGAUGUUACUUCAAGGGUCACAGCAGGGAGUUCAGAUGCUGUGAGAGGAUAUGACUUUAUUGUGAACUCAGUAUGGCCUGAGGUUGUGAGUAAUAUAGAAGCCAAAACAAGCUCAAUAUUUGCACCAGGAAAUCCUAAUAUAUUUCAUGCUAAAUACCUGAUAAGUAUGGAGUUUUUGGAGAGAUUUGAGGCACUGUGUGGGUCACAGGCAAGUGUAAAAAGAUUACGGGACCAUCAAAGCUAUCAUACUUUCAUUAACAAGUGGAGCCUUCCUGUCUACUUCCAGAUCAGGUUCCAGGAGAUUGCAGGAGGCUUUGAAUCAUCCUUGUUUACUGCUUUUAACAAAUCACCAGCUGGAUCAGAAUUUCACUUACAUUCUACACAUGAACUAUGGAAGAGUCUACAGACAUGUUGGCAGGAUGAGAUAUAUCUAUUGCCCCUCAGUCACAGGUUCUGGAAAUUGAAUAUACAGAUUCUAGCUAGAUAUUCCACCUGGCUAGAUGAGGCAUAUAAGGAACAGAUAACUGACAGAUCUGACAAUGUACCAGAAGUGAAAACCAAGUCUGGUCCAGAAAGAGCAGCCAAUGGACCUGACACACUGCCACCUGGUGGUCAGACUGAAGGGCGGAUUACUCCUACAGUCCCACAAGCUCCGCCAAUAACCAUUGGGCAAAUUAUCUCCCUUAUAUCAGAUGCUGGAAAGCUGUUAGAAAUGCUUCCAGGUUUCCUUGAUAAAACUGUGAUACCAAGAUUGAGUGGCCUUGAUGAAGACACCAUUAAUUCUUUGAAAGUAUGUUUAAAUGAAUGUAGUAGUGCAAUACAGAGUUGUCUCCCUCAGUUCAGAGACUAUGUUGUAGUAGAUGUAACCAAUCAGUGUGCAGUCCACCUGAAACAAGUUAACGACAUUCCACGCCUUUACAGAAGAACAAAUAGAGAGGUACCAAGUAAACCGUCUCAGUACAUCACGGCAGCUGUUAAACCUCUCACUGUGUUUAUUGAGGAGCAUAGUGACGUUCUCGGGGACCAACAGAAAAUUGAUAUAUGUGCUCAGGUUUUCUCGAAUCUUGCUGAACAGUAUUUUACUGUAACAUCAGAUGUGCUGUCAUCUGUAAAGAAGAUGGAGGAGAGUUUAAAACGGUUGAAGAAAGGACGAGGGCAAGAGAAAACUGCUGGCUCACACGGAAUCACCGAUGAUGAUAAAAUAAGGCAGCAACUUAUCCUUGAUAUAACAAACUAUGGCACACAGGUGAGCAAGUUUGGUGUGGAAACAUCACAGGUGAAUUACUAUAGCAAGUUACUGGAACUCUCAGAGGAGGCUAAAUCUUCUAUGACAUCAGUCAAUACAAGCAGUAGCUGAUAGUAGCAAAACUUGUAACGCAAUUGAAUCGAUACAAGUAAAAUUCCAGGAAAAACGAGAGCUAAUGAUCAUCAGUUAAGUUAUCUCCCUUUAGACUCUGGCUUGAUCCAGAUAUAUGUAUUGUGGGUGUACCAUAAAUUGUGAUAUCUUAUAUGAAAAAGUGUUAACUUACGGUUAUGACUUAUGUGAAAAAGUGGAGGCUGAUAUGAAAUAGUGAUGACUUUUGUCAAGUAGUGAUUAUGUAUGUAAAAUAGUGCUGACUGAUGUGAAAAUGUGAUUUUUUUCCUUGUUUGUCUAAACCUCUUGUGACAUGCAACCUUUUCUUUUUGUCAUGAAUAUCAGCAGUCAGUUUACUGCAUAUCAGCAUUUAUGUUCAAACUUAGUUAUUCUGUUAUGAAAUCAAAUCAUCUAUAUUGUAUAACUACUUUGGAAAAACAUCAGCCAAGUUUAGUUGCAGGCUUGAAAUAAAAUGUUUUUAAUCUUUAGCCUGCUGGCAGUAAGUGAUUCUGCCUUUAUAACCAGUGUAGACCAAGACUGACUAGCAGUCUGAUCAUGGUCUGCACUGUUCACUCUUCAGUCAAUAAAAUUUUAGUGAACACCCCUUUGAAUAAUAAGUAGUACUGCCCAGAUUGGAGGAUAGCUCUUACAGCAUCUUUAAAGCAUUGAAACAUUCUUUCAUUUAGUUCAUGAAAAGUAUCAAGGGUCUUUUAUGGUUGAAAUCUACACCAGAGUAUAUACUGGAGAAAAAAAAGAAGGCCAAGAAAGAGGCAUUGUUAACUUUGUUGUUUACAGGUUGUUGCUGUAGAAAGGGGGAAUUUACUAAAAAUUUGAUUAAAUGGAAAAAAGAAAAUAUCAUUUUUGAAAAGAAUGUGUUUUCCAAGUGUCAUAAAUAGAACAUGUAUGCUAUAUGCCUACAUUUUACAACAAUGUAUUUAUUUACCUCAAACAUUAAGUUCAUGGCGUGUAGUAAAUACAAAUACAUGAACUGAUUGUAGGAUUAUAAUGACUUGUAUUCCAGCUUUUAGCAAGUUUAAUUGUUUGUGUGUUUGAACUGUUCCAUAGGUUUUUAAGCAAAUGACUGAAAUAAAUCGAUAAUUUUAUUUUUUUAUCUUAAUGUUAUCUUCAACAUAUGUUAAUGAAUGGAGAAUGAAAUUAUUAUUAAAAGAAAAAUUGGAUCCUGACAAACAUGUAACUGGAAUACUGUUGAAAAAUGGCGCUAAACCGGAUUGUGUUUGUAAGGAACUUGUUGCAAAAUGUGAUGCUGUAGUAAGAGAACUUGUUAUCCCUACCUGCCUGUAGAAAAUUAUGAAAAUUUGGUAAAAGUGUGCUUCAUAAUGCAGUCAUGUUUUACCCGACGAUUAUACCAAUUAUUUAUUUCAUAGAAAGAUGUACGAUAUUUAUGACUUGUUGGUUUUUUUUCAACAUAGAUUAUAACAGCAUUGCUGUUAUAACGUGGGUCCUAUCACAUUAAAUUAUUGUUAUACUAGUAGUCAAUACAUGGCACAUUGUGGCAUAGCUGUUUGCUAAUAAAGAUAUUUUACUGCCAAAUUGA